AUGCCAGACGUAUAUGUUAUCAACGAGACACAUGAUACUCUCAACAUUGCUUUCCGCUUCGUCGCUCCUGCAGACUGGGAGAAUGCAGUUCGCGCGGGGAAGUCCUGGAAGACCCACCUCCCGUCUACGCCAUUCAAGUUGGAGGUGCGCGUAGACACCAUAGACAACCGUUUCUCCGCGGAAGAUUCCGUCAAUACUGCACUGGACAUCUCCGCAGGAUGGCUAGCUGGCGCAGCCGGUGUAGUCGGAGGAGCCACGGCGGCUUUUGGCCUCGUUGGCCUCUCGCCUGUGUUGGCAUCAACCGUAGGAGGAUUUGUGGCGCGUCCACUUGUAAAACAUGCGAUGAAGAGCACGUCCCAGAAGAGAUUCCAGCAGAACGCCGAGGGCAUGUUGAUCUGUGUGGGCGUCCUGAUACCCAUGCAUGACAUCAAGACGUAUGCCAUCAGGUUCGACGAAAACGCUGGCCAGUAUAUCGUUUGGGAUGUAGUUGAAAAUCGCAGGUUGAAGUAG